AUGAACACGGGCGAGUCGCUUGGCCUCGUGCUUAACGACGGCCACGGACUGCUGCUCAAGGCCGAGGGCGACCUGUCGUACACGGCGCGCCACCAGAAAAACGGCUUCUUCACGAGCAUUGCCGAGAAAGCCAUCGACUUGGGCCAACCCGCCGACGACGGCGACGACGGCGACACGGACCGCAACGCGAGCCGCAGCGCCGUCCAGUCGGUGCCGCUCGUGCGCUUGGAGACGAACCGACGGGCGGUGGUCCUGGCUAAGUUCGAGUUCGAGGGCCGCGAGCGCACGCUCGUCGUGUCCAAGGCGAGCCAAGCGGUCACUACCGCGCUCGAGUGA